CCCUGCGUCACUUCCGGGCGCCACACGCCCCGCCCCGCCCCCGGCAAAGAGCCACCAUGGAGCGGCAGGUGCUGCUCAGCGAGCCCGAGGAGGCGGCGGCGCUGUACCGGGGCCUGAGUCGCCAGCCCGCGCUAAGCGCCGCCUGCCUGGGCCCAGAGGUCACCACACAGUAUGGGGGCCGCUACCGGACGGUGCACACCGAGUGGACCCAGAGGGACCUGGAACGCAUGGAGAACAUCAGAUUCUGCCGCCAGUACCUGGUGUUCCACGACGGGGAUGCAGUGGUGUUUGCAGGGCCUGCGGGCAACAGUGUGGAGACCCGGGGGGAGCUGCUAAGCAGAGAAUCUCCUUCAGGCGCCAUGAAAGCCGUGCUACGCAAGGCUGGAGGCACGGGCCCCGGGGAGGAGAAGCAGUUCCUAGAGGUCUGGGAGAAGAACAGGAAGCUCAAGAGCUUCAACUUGUCGGCGCUCGAGAAACACGGGCCUGUGUAUGAGGAUGACUGCUUUGGCUGCCUGUCCUGGUCGCACUCCGAAACACACUUGUUGUAUGUGGCAGAGAAGAAGCGCCCCAAGGCUGAGUCCUUCUUUCAGACUAAAGCCUUGGACGUCAGUGGCAGCGAUGACGAGAUGACCCGGCCGAAGAAGCCAGAUCAGGCCGUCAAGGGGGACCAAUUUGUGUUUUAUGAAGACUGGGGAGAAAAUAUGGUUUCCAAAAGCAUCCCUGUGCUCUGUGUGCUGGACGUCGAGAGCGGCAACAUCUCUGUGCUUGAAGGGGUCCCUGAGAAUGUGUCCCCCGGACAGGCAUUCUGGGCCCCUGGAGACACAGGAGUGGUGUUCGUAGGCUGGUGGCACGAACCCUUCCGGCUAGGCAUCCGCUUCUGUUCCAAUCGCAGGUCAGCCCUGUACUACGUGGACCUCACCGGGGGGCAGUGUGAGCUGCUCUCGGGUGCCUCUCUGGCGGUCUCUUCUCCCCGGCUGAGCCCAGACCAUUGUCGCGUCAUCUACCUGCAGUACCCAUCUCUGGUUCCCCAUCAUCAGUGUAGCCAGCUGUGCCUGUAUGACUGGUACACCAAGGUCACCUCGGUAGUGGUGGACAUCGUGCCUCGGCAGCUGGGAGAGAACUUCUCUGGGAUCUACUGCAGCCUUCUGCCUCUGGGAUGCUGGGCGGCGGAUAGCCAGAGAGUGGUUUUCGACUCAGCUCAGCGCAGCCGUCAAGACCUGUUUGUUGUGGACACCCAAGUAGGCAGUGUGACCUCCCUGACGGCUGGGGGGUUGGGUGGAAGCUGGAAGCUGCUGACAAUUGACCGGGAUCUCAUGGUGGCACAGUUCUCCACACCCAGCCUGCCCCCAAGCCUGAAAGUUGGGUUCCUGCCUCCUGCAGGGAAGGAGCAGGCAGUGUUAUGGGUGUCCCUGGAGGAGGCCGAGCCCAUCCCCAACAUCUCCUGGAGCAUCCGAGUACUGCAGCCACCCCCUGAACAAGAGAAUGUGCAGUAUGCUGGACUUAAUUUUGAAGCAAUCCUUCUACAGCCCAGCGACCCUCCAGAUAAGACCCAGAUACCCAUGGUGGUCAUGCCGCAUGGGGGACCCCAUUCUUCUUUUGUCGCUGCCUGGAUGCUGUUCCCAGCCAUGCUUUGCAAGAUGGGCUUUGCAGUACUACUAGUGAACUAUCGUGGCUCCACGGGUUUUGGCCAGGACAGCAUCCUUUCCCUCCCAGGCAAUGUGGGCCACCAGGAUGUGAAGGAUGUCCAGUUUGCAGUGGAGCAGGUGCUCCAGGAGGAGCACUUUGACUCAAGUCGAGUGGCCCUCAUGGGUGGUUCCCAUGGUGGCUUCCUCUCCUGUCACCUGAUUGGUCAAUAUCCAGAGACCUACUGCGCCUGCGUGGCACGCAACCCUGUGAUCAACAUUGCCUCCAUGAUGGGUUCUACUGACAUCCCUGACUGGUGCAUGGUAGAGGCCGGCUUCCCCUACAGCAGUGACUGCCUGCCAGACCUCAGUGUGUGGUCUGAAAUGUUGGACAAGUCUCCCAUUAAGUAUACUCCUCAGGUGAAGACCCCACUGCUACUGAUGCUGGGCCAAGAGGACCGGCGUGUGCCAUUCAAGCAGGGCAUGGAGUAUUACCGUGCCCUCAAGGCCCGGAAUGUGCCUGUUCGGCUCCUGCUCUAUCCCAAAAGCACCCAUGCACUGUCAGAGGUGGAGGUGGAAUCGGACAGCUUCAUGAAUGCUGUACUCUGGCUGCGCACACACUUGGGCAGCUGAAGCCCUGCCGCUCCGAAUGAGUUGGUUGGCCUUUGUCACACUUUGCUCCUGGAAAGCCCCAGGGUCUGGCAGAGUGGCUCCUAGGCUCUUGACCCCGUGGAUGGGUAGCCAAGGAUUGUGGGCUGUCUAGUCAUAAUAAAUGAGGACACA